AUGGCGCCCAAGCAGCGAAACGUGACGCCUGUUCCGGCGGCGGCUCCAACGGCUGUAUCUCCUUCAACACCCGCCAAGGCUGCAAAGGCAUCUGCCGCCGCCUCCAAGGACGACUGGGUACAGCUCGCUCAGAAUGUCUACAACUACUACGUCAACAACACCCCUCAGCGCCUGAUGCUGGUCGAUGCUUUCCUGGUGUACCUAAUGGCCGUUGGUGCUCUGCAGCUAGUUUACAACAUCGCGUUCGGCGAUUAUCCGUUCAAUGCCUUCCUUGCUGGCUUUGGCGCAACUGUUGGCCAAUGGGUUCUGACGGUGUCUCUACGCAUUCAAACCACCGAGAGCAACAAGGGCGAUUUCCCCUCCGUAUCACCUGAGAGAUCAUUCGCGGACUACAUAUUCGCGAGCCUUGUCCUACACUUCUUCGUCAUUCACUUCAUCAACUAA